AUGAAGAGACAACGUCGCACAAAUGAAACGCCUUGGACGUGUAUAUGCUGCAAUUAUUUUCAAGCGAUCUCGCUUCGAACGCUGCUUAAUUACUAUAAUAAGGUUCAUGGCCAUGAAACCAAUUUUCGAGUUGUAUGUAACGUUGACGAUUGUCCGGCAAUAUUUACGAAAUAUAACUCGUUAUAUAAGCACAUUACAAGGUGCCAUGAGGAUGUAUACAAUGAGACUGUUAAAGGCAACUCUGAUGUUGAUAAUACUGAGGACAAGGUCAAUGAUGAUGGUGAUUUAUUUGAUUACAACCUGCGUUUAUAUAACGAAAUAUCAGACAAAGAUAGUUCCGAUUCCGAAGAAUUAUGGGAAGCGAACAUGGCUGAAAAGCAGGUAUAUACUUUUCAUAUAAAGUAAUAAACCAAGAUUCAUCCGACAUUUCAUUUUAUUAUUCACUGUGUGUUUACAAUAUCCAUUUUGAUUGCUUAGGGCCAUUCCAUUUAAUAUAUAUAUCCCCCCUGUUGACGACAUUUUCUGAAGGGUCUUGGAAAUUACAAAAUUUCUGAGGGGUGAGAAAUUUUUUUAAAAACAUUUUAUGAAAUUUCUGAGGGGUCGGAGAAAAAGGUAACUGUCUGAGUGUCCUGUUGACAACAUUCCUGAAGGGUCCGAAAAAUUUCACAAUUUCUUGAGGGUCUUAAAAUUUUUAUUUCCGAAGGAUUGAAAAACGUCGUUUCUGAGGGGUAUAAAAAUCGGAAUAUGUCGUCAACAGGUGGUGUUUAUAUGUAUGUAAGUAAAUAAUCUGUGAAAUUUCCAAAGAAUUUUCAAAAAUUUCAGAGGGGUUGCUACCAUGGGUGCUACAUAUCGACGACAAUUUCUGAGGGGUCCCAGAAAAAUUUUUGAAUUCCCGGAAAAUUUGAAACUUGUGAGGGGUGUGAAAAAUUACGUUUCUGAAGGGUCAAAAAAUCAGGCGAUGUCGUCAACAGGGGGGUGUAUACAUUAAAUGGAAUGGCCCUUAGCGACCUACAGAUAAUUCCUUCAAUCCUUGGUAUCUGCAAUUAUUAUGUCACAUCUACACAUAAAUCCUGGUAUUCUGUAAUUAUGAUGUCAUAUCUGCAAAUAAUAGUUUCUACGAUUUAGAAGUCGUUUUAUUUUUUUAUAAAUAAAAUUUAAUAGUUUCAUAGCAUCUUGUCAAACUUAUUGGAUGUGUAUGACCUUCUUUCCUCGUAUUCGAUUGCUAAAAUGAAUAAUAAUGAACUGAAUAAUAAAAUAAUUAUUGAAUUCUGUUUUUGCGUGAUAUCGAGCUUUGCUUGAUAAUUCUCAAUAUCCCACUCAACCUCAUCCAAUAAUUAUUAAUUAUUUGUAGUAAGAUAAUAAACUAUUUUUUUCCUGAAGCUUCCAGCGUUUGAGCCAGUAGCCUAGUGGUUACAGCAUCCAUCAGCGUCAUCUAAAGUCACUUUUUUUCUAUUUUUUUCCUCGAACGUGUAGGGGUAGUGUGUGGGAUCGGUUUAUUUUAUAAAAAAAACUUCAUGUCAAAUGAAUCGCAUUCACAGGGGUAUUUUGCGGGGGGGGAAUAGGGGGAAUUGGCCCCCAAAAAUCCAGAACCCCCCCCCCCCCAAAUCUGAAAAUAGCUAAAUUUGGGGGGGGGGAGCAUUUCCCCCCAAAAUGGGGCAUGACUCUUUAGAGCAUUUGUGAUUAUUUUCUUUUCAACUUUUAAUUUUUUGGAAUGAAUGGAAAUGUAAUGUACAAUGUAAUGUACAAAUAGGUGAGCGUAGGAAAUGACUGGGUUUGUUGUUAGGAGGGAUGGGGGAAUUCCCCCCUAAACAAAAAAAAACCUGAAAUAUGGGGGGGGGAGCUCCCACCCAAGUCCCAAAACCUAAAAUACUCCUGCAUUCAGGUGUUGAGUUCCAGUGUCGUAUGAAUAUCCAGGACGAUUGUAUUAAAUUAUACUGUCUUUAAUUAAUACUGACAUUUGGCAAGUUUCAUGCAUUAGGGAAUAUGGGUCAUAUCCUCCACAUAGACAGGUUCUAAAAUACGGCACAUAAAUUAUGUAAAAUUUGGAGGUGUGACAAACUUUUAAGCUUAGUGAUUGGUUGCUUCAUGUUGUUAGUAAACAUGAUUGGUUGGUUUCACUUCCGCCUCCAGUAAAAUGUAACAACUUAUGUCACACGAAAUCCAUCUAUUGAAGUUGCUAGGCAAAACUUCAAACAAAAUGAUACAAAAUUGGUGCGAGAACAGUACAGUUAUUAACUCACUCCAAUUACUGCGUCCCGAUUUCAAGUUGACUCCGGACAUUGGAAUCCAUGAGGUGAUAUGAAACGCAAGAAUACUGUGUUUUUUUUUAAACAUGAGGUUUUAAUAUCAUCAUUUUGCUUAAAUUUUAUUGUUUACUGGUAGCUGUGUUUCCAUCUUAGACUGCAAAUAGUCCCUCAAAGCUGGAAAGUAGGGACUGCAGACAACACAGUUAGAAAUAAAGUAUGCCCACUUUUCGUAACUGUCAUUUUGACUCCGCCUUUGCAUUAACAUCAGUAUUGAUUGGCAAGUUCUUCCGAGCAAUUUGAAACCGUCAACUUUACAAAGAGCAAUUUGUAAAUUUAAAUUUUCAAAAUGCUCAGAUGUUGAAUGCUUGAUCAUUUUCUUAAAAUAAACAGCAAUUUAUUUUCCCAUGUAGUGUUCAAACUACUGUACUCAAAAUAGUUAUCUUGAAACAUAUACUUGGUGAAAAUCAUAAAAAAUUGGACCGCAAAGCGUUUUGAAACUUUAAUAUUUACAAAUUUCAAUUCCGUUGCGACGGUUGAUUAUAUAUUCUAGUCUGGCAAUUAUUUUAGCAAAUACAUUAUCAGAGUAUAUCAGAUUUGAUUGACAGGCACAACGUUUCAACCAAUGGGAAUUUUGUGUUGUGUAGACAACGUGUGUUUCAUUUCUUAUAGUGUUGUAUGUAGUCUUUCCUAUCCCAACCCGCAAGCUAGAGUAUCUGAACCCGGGGAAAGGAGGGGCUGCUUGUAGUCUAUUUCCAUCCUGGCACAGAAUCACUGACAUUUAAGACAAAAUGAUAUUUUAUUGAGAAAAACAUGAAAAAAAUCCAGUUACUUAAGUUUGCGCACACCAGUGGUCCACUGGGAGCUGUUGUAGCCAUCUGUCACAACAACAGAUGUGCUUGCCAACCGGCACCACCGUACACCAGCAGUGUACCGGUAGUAUGAGAGAACAUUUUUUGCUUUAUUCAUAACCGGCCAGCAGAAAAUAGGACGUUUACCACUUAAUAGUUGCCACAUUUAAUUACAUAAUGUCAUUUAUAAUACUUAUUUGUAGCUCAUAUUUUCAUGAUUAAAGGGCCCUAUAGUCUAUACAGUCAUUUUUGUUUUGAUUUGACGCCUUAAGUAAAUAUUGUUUCCACUUUUUGUUUAAUUUUAUUGUUAUUUAAGAAUGGCUUUUGUAAUUAUUCGUAACUUAAUGUAGAUACGUGCUAUAACUUCCUAUACCAAUAAAACAUGACACUAAUCACUAGAAAAUGACUGAGGAUGUACAACUCUUUGCACCUGUCUUGAUUUUCUUGUAUGAGGCAUUAGCCAGGGAUAUCAUAUUCUGACUCCUGUUGUGUACCUUAAUCUGAGUCCUUAACCUGUGAGAAGAUUAUUUUUGACACCUACACAACAUCCAUCAGAAGCAGUUUAAUAUUGAAAAUAUAGCAAGAAUCCAUCGGGUAUAAUAGCGCUAUAAUUACAAUAACUUGAAUGUGGUUUUAGAAUAUUGAUGUGGACAUUAAGAAGAGUGCUGCUUCAUUCCUACUAAAGGUGAAAGAAAGAAAUAAAAUACCUCAGGUAUAUAAUUAAUAUAUUAUACAAUUAAUAUAUUAUAUAAUUAGCAUAUUACAUAUUAUGGUCGCGCUCUAAUAAAGUUUUCUCUUUGCUCGGCUUGGUUAUUACUCGUAACAAGAACUUAAAACAUUUCAGUAUAUGACGUUACAAGUAGAAAUUGAACAGGCAAAAAAAAACACAAAUAUAGCUGGGUUUCAAUGAAUCACCCACAAAACAUUUGAUGAUGCACGCUACGCAAUUGCCACCAAACUUUCGAAGCACAUUUAAAAUUUAAAGAAGAAUCGACGCAAGUUCUCAAUCAAGUAGUCUGUUCUAAGACAAGCAGGUUCUUAUUGAAGCGGUGGAAAGAAUUGCGACCUUUGUUUACAAGAAAAGAUCCACAUCCUGAACGGUGAUAAAACAAAGUUAUUAAACAAGCGAUGUGAACUUUUCUCGAAAUGCCGCCAUCAGAAUCGUUUUUCCAGCAGGAAAAUUUGAACUUGCGUGCGCACUGUCAUUAUGACGCAAGUUCAACUGAAAUCUUGCAUAAUCACAUAGGAAUCUUUAAACAGUUUCAAACAGUGUAGCAUAUACUGAAAUGAAUUAUACGGUAUUUUAGGUUGCAAUGGAAUCGAUUAUGGAUAGUACACGUACUCUGAUAAAGCAAGUGGUGGAUUCUGUGAAAGUGGAUGUGCUAAAUGUCGUAGAAUGCAAUGAACAGAAAGCUCAAGUCAACGAGAUAUUUGAAUCAGUAACAGAUCCUUUCGGCACUGAUGCUUUGCAAUCCAAGUACAUCAAAGAAAAUUUCAAUUAUGUUGAACCAAAGGAAGUGACUUUAGGGAAAAAGUUUACUUGGAAAAUGCAAGGAGGUACAAGAACAAUUUGUGAGAAAAGUGAGAAGUUUGUAUACAUUCCUAUACUUGAAAGUUUCCUAUACUUGAAAGUUUAA